AUGUGUGAAAAAACUUCUUUUGAACUUAUUAAUGAAAGUUUCGUUGAUUGGUUUUGUGCUAAUGGAGGUAUAAUUUCACCAAAAAUUGCAUUCAAAGACUAUUCAAACGAAAAUGCAGGACGUGGAAUGAUGGCAGUCGAGGAAAUUGGGAGUGACGAAGUUCUUUUUGAGAUUCCCCGUUCAAUACUUUUAUCUCCAAAAACUUCUUUACUUAAAAAUGAAGUUUCUACAGAAGAAUAUAAAAAACUUUAUAAAAUUAAUCAUUGGUUCCCACUUAUAUUAUGUAUGAUGUACGAGUCACAAAAAGAAAAUUCCCUAUGGAAACCUUACUUUGACAUUUUACCAAAACAAUUUGAAACACCAAUGUUUUGGACAGAAGAAGAAUUGACUGAAUUACAGGGAACAGGUGUUAUAGAUUGGAAAAGCAGAUUCGGAAAAGGGUCAAAACCAAAUGUUUUCAAACCAGAUGUUCACAAUAUAAAUUUGUUUCAUCAAAUUGGGUCACUUAUUAUGUCCAAUGCUUUUAAUGAAGAGAAUGUUGUAAUGAUCCCAAUGGCUGAUAUGCUUAAUCAUAAGACAGGUUAUAAUAACGCAAGAUUAUAUCAACAUAAAGAAAGCCUUCAACAAGCAACAAAAUGGCUGCAUUUCCAAAGUCUGAUUGUAUCCAAAUUCACUGCAGGAAGAGAACCUACCUUGGGAGUGCAGAUUUCACAAUAUCUCAAUAAUGAAGUCCCUCAUGGAUUUCACCUCUGCAUGCCCGAUGGAAGCAUUGUCAUUCCAAAGGGAUUACUUUUACUUGUCGCAAUCAUUCACCUUUAUGCAAUUAGAAUUGACAUUUUCUCCACAUGUAAAAAACCAGUUGAAAUUGACCCAGGCAGAGAUAGAAUUUGUCAUACAGUCGCACUCCUGAGACAUCAAGAUUCAAUAUUAUCAGAGGGAGCAUGGUACACACUUGAACUGGCAAAAAAAUUGGUCAAGCAAACAGCUACAAUACAUAUGGACACAGUCACAUUAAUGGUCUCACCACCUGCAGUCAAAAGGUCUCAUGGAGCAGCUCCUAAGCAAAAGGCACAUGCUGAUUAUGCAUCAAUUG